GUAUGCAAUAACUUCAGAAGUCCAUUGCAGACUGUCUGAAUGUGUGUCAGUUCUGGUCAAGUUGCUAAUGGCAAGUGCGCGUUGGAAACUAGUGAAAAUUCUUUUCCAGUCUAAUAGUUGCAUGUGUUCAGUAUUUGGUAUUGCGUGUUUUGGCGUCCUGAGACUGGCAGGCCUACACAUUCAGCGGAGAGGUCCAGGGGAGGUGUCAAGUGAGGAGAAUGUGUACCGAUGGGAUGGGAUGAUGAAAGCUGAGGGAUAUUCUGCACCAUAUCCAAGUGCCAGCGGUGGUCCCAUGCAGGAAGUGUUCCCCCAGAUGAUGGUAGAAACCGUUGUGAAGCGCUUUUCGAACGCGGAGGAAGGAGGGUGGCAUCAAGAUGUCGAAGGAGCGCCGACGCAGACAGUGGAUCAUCCUGUCGAGACAGGCCGAUCGGCACCAACGGAAAAAGAUAGUGGAUUGUUUAUGAACAAAGGGUUGAAGCUGAAGAAGUGGAAGAAGCGUGGUGGCUAAAAAAACUGCAAUAUUUUGGCUGACUAAAGUUUUUUUUUGGAAUUAAAUGUUUGAGGAAACGUAUUAAAUUUCUGUUAUUCGAAAGGGCGUUCACGGUCCGCCUUUUUCGCAACUUUAAUUUGCAAAUUGCACACAAAUGAAAGCGAA